UGUUUAUGGUAACAGUCAUGACCUUGGAGUCAGAAAUUUCCCAGGAGUCAGUGACCAGCCUGGCUGGGAUUACCCCACAGCUGCUGUGGAUAACUAACUGCUCAGCACCUGAUCCUGCCCAACCUCCAUGCCUAACCCUCCUUGGAGGCUGGGAGGCAUUUGGUUGCAGCAGCUGGAGGAUGGAUGUCACCAGCCUUGUACCAGGCAGUGAGGGGAAAGGAUGGAGAGCUCUGGAGCUGCAUGAAUAACCCCCCACCAGAUCUGCUUCAUCUUGCUCCAACAAGCCACCCCGAGCUGCUCGCUGGAGCUUCCCCCCCCGCUCCCCGGGACCAGCUCCUCCCCUCUCCGCCCCUCUCCGCCCCGCCGCUCCCGGCCCGGGGGGGAGCCCGGUGCUCCAACGCCUCUUUCUCUCCUUUCCUCUCCUAAACCCUCGCCCCUGGGGCAACCCAAGGGGCCAGCAUGCCGCUCGCCCAACUAGCCGAACCCUGGCCCAACAUGGAGCUGGUGCAUCUGGAUACGGAGAACGGGCAGGCUGCUCCAGAAGAAGGUGGGAAUCCUCCAGCCAAGGCAAAAUCAGACAUCACUUGGAUAGAGAAGGACCUGGUGGACUUGGCAGACAAGGGUGAAGGUGUUGUCAAAGAAAUCAACAUCACACACCAUGUGAAGGAGGGCUCUGAGAAAGCUGAUCCAUCACAGUUUGAGCUCCUGAAGGUGCUGGGCCAGGGCUCCUUUGGCAAGGUUUUCUUGGUGAGAAAAAUAACCCCUCCAGACAGCAACCACCUCUAUGCCAUGAAAGUGCUGAAGAAGGCAACACUGAAAGUGCGUGAUCGACUGAGGACAAAGAUAGAAAGGGACAUCCUGGCUGAUGUAAACCAUCCCUUUGUGGUGAAACUCCACUAUGCAUUCCAGACAGAGGGGAAGCUGUACCUCAUCUUGGAUUUCCUCCGAGGAGGUGACCUUUUCACUCGGCUUUCCAAAGAGGUCAUGUUCACUGAGGAGGAUGUGAAGUUCUACCUGGCAGAGCUGGCUCUGGGGCUUGACCAUCUGCACAGCCUGGGAAUCAUAUACAGGGAUCUCAAACCAGAGAACAUCCUCCUGGAUGAGGAAGGACACAUCAAGCUCACAGAUUUUGGCUUGAGUAAGGAGGCAAUAGACCACGAGAAGAAGGCCUAUUCCUUCUGUGGGACAGUGGAGUACAUGGCACCAGAGGUGGUGAACCGCCAGGGCCACUCCCACAGUGCAGACUGGUGGUCCUAUGGGGUGUUGAUGUUUGAAAUGCUGACUGGCUCGCUGCCCUUCCAGGGGAAGGACCGUAAGGAGACCAUGACCCUCAUCCUCAAAGCAAAGCUGGGCAUGCCACAGUUCCUGAGUGCUGAGGCCCAGAGCCUCCUGAGAGCUCUUUUCAAAAGGAACCCAGCCAACAGAUUAGGUUCUGGACCAGAUGGGGCAGAAGAGAUCAAGCGCCAUCCUUUCUACUCCACCAUUGACUGGAAUAAGCUCUACCGCAGGGAGAUCAAACCACCCUUCAAGCCUGCAGUUGGCCAGCCAGAUGACACCUUUUAUUUUGACACAGAAUUUACCUCCCGGACACCAAAAGAUUCCCCAGGCAUCCCCCCCAGCGCCGGGGCCCACCAGCUCUUCCGAGGCUUCAGUUUCGUGGCGACGGGGUUGAUGGAGGAUGGGAAAGUGAAACCUGCCCCCUCACCUCUGCACUCCGUGGUACAGCAGCUGCAUGGCAAGAACAUCCAGUUCAGCGACGGGUACGUGGUCAGGGAGGCCAUCGGCUCCGGCUCCUACUCCGUCUGCAAACGCUGCAUCCACAAAGCAACCAACAUGGAGUAUGCAGUCAAGGUGAUUGACAAGGGCAAGCGAGACCCUUCGGAGGAGAUCGAGAUCCUGCUGCGGUACGGGCAGCACCCAAACAUCAUCACCCUGAAAGAUGUGUAUGAUGAUGGGAAGUACGUGUACCUGGUGACCGAGCUGAUGAGGGGGGGGGAGCUGCUGGACAAAAUCCUCAGGCAGAAGUUCUUUUCAGAGAGGGAAGCCAGCUCAGUCCUGCACACCAUCUGUAAAACAGUGGAGUACCUGCACUCCCAAGGGGUGGUUCACAGGGACUUGAAACCCAGCAACAUCCUCUAUGUGGAUGAGUCAGGAAACCCCGAGAGCAUUCGGAUCUGUGACUUUGGCUUUGCCAAGCAGCUGAGGGCUGAGAAUGGCCUCCUCAUGACCCCCUGUUACACAGCAAACUUCGUGGCACCUGAGGUACUAAAGCGCCAAGGCUACGAUGAGGGCUGUGACAUCUGGAGCCUGGGAGUUCUGCUGUACACCAUGCUGGCAGGCUGCACUCCCUUUGCAAAUGGCCCCAGUGACACUCCAGAAGAGAUCCUGACCCGGAUAGGAGGGGGGAAGUUCUCCAUCAGUGGAGGCAACUGGGACACUAUUUCUGACAUGGCCAAGGAUCUGGUAUCAAAGAUGCUUCAUGUGGAUCCUCACCAGCGCCUGACGGCCAAGCAGGUCCUGCAGCAUCCCUGGAUAACCCAGAAGGACAGCUUGCCCCAGAGCCAGCUGAAUCACCAGGAUGUUCAGCUUGUGAAGGGGGCCAUGGCUGCCACCUACUCUGCACUGAACAGCUCCAAGCCCAGCCCCCAGCUCAAGCCCAUCGAGUCCUCCAUCCUGGCCCAGAGGAGGGUGAAGAAACUUCCUUCUACCACCCUGUGAAACUGGUUUUGGGCCACAGCUGCAAAGUUUUGGACCAGCCUUUGCACACCCCCCUGAGGACACGGGGCACAGGAGAUGGGGCAGGAGCACAGGAGCUCUGUUGAGGACUUCUCCAAAGGCCAAGUGCCUUCCUGUUUCUGAAAGACUGGCUCCUCCUUGUGUGGACUGAUCUUUGCCGAGAAAACUUCACUGUACAACUUUUUUUGAAGUGUAAAUUGUCAAUUUUUAAAGACAACCAUCGUGUAUAUGAGAACUAGAAUGUACAACUGCUGUCAAGUGGCACUAAAGAGCAGCUCUGGUUCCCCCUUUCCUGUCUAGGGCCAGGGAUCUGUUGUAGCUCCAUCAUUUCUUGGAAUUGAUCCUCUUGGACACCAUUGCAGCUGGAAUUUUUUGGAGGUUCAGGCUUUGGGGUUUUUCCUCCCUCAACCCUUGGGCUGCCCUUCCUGAAGCCAACCCUGCAGCCUCCCAGCCAGCAGCUUCUCAAGGGACACCCCUUACCUUCACUUCUUAUCCUUGAGUGUUGAGGGGGUGAGGAUGACUUUUCAGACCCCUUCUCUGCCCUCCCCCAGCUCAGCCAGCACUUCCCUGAGCAAAAUAAACCCCAGGUUUUCCAAACCCCCCCCACCCCGAGAUGCUCAGCUGCCCAGAACACCUCUAGGUUUGGCUCCUUCCUUCCCUCUGCCCUCCCAUCUCCACGUUCCCCCCAUCACUCCCUGGGGGGGGGGUUGUCACCCACGUAGGUGGGGGUGACAAGGAACCUUCUCCUCAGCAGAGCUGAGGCUUUGGGCUGGCUCUGCCUGCUGCUUUUACCAUUGUUGGGUUUCCUUUCCUUCAGCAGGAACCUAUGAAACAAACCAUCUUCUUUUUUUUUUUUUUUUUUUAAUUUAACUUUAUUCUACAGCUGGUAACUCAGGGUUUCUUUCUGAAUUGUACAAUAAAUGUGUCGUUCAGUUGAUUUUUUUUUUUAAUUUUUAUUUUUUACUGACUUUUUAGCUGCAGAACAAGCAACCCAGGUUGUUCCCUCACGUCGGGCGGGGAUCAUGAAUCUUGUUUGACUUUUGGGAAACCUGCAAAGCUUUUCCAUCUGGUCCCAGGAUGGGAAAACCAGCAGGGCUGAAAACCACACCACCUCCUCUCAGGUGCAAGACCUCCCUUUGCAGUGGGAAGUCAUUCCAACCAGUCCUGGCAUGAGGCAGGAAUCACCAGGGAAGGGGGCAGGAUAUGGGCUGCUGAGGGGAACUGCUUAUUCUCAGGACAUUUGGGUGCUAAUGGAAACCAACACUUGGAGGCAAAGUCUGCUGGAAAUAAAUUCCUGACCCAUUCUGACUUGCAGGGAAUUGCUGGAGCUCCCUGGUUUGGUGGUUGCUGUUUCUGGGAGGAGCAGGAAAGCUGCAGGGACCACAGACACUCCUGGGCUCAAGGACACUUGAAGGCUCAAGGACUGAAGCCAGCAAAGGUUCUCGUGUGAAUUUCUGCUGCUUUUGGUGUAACAUGAGGGGAAACUGUCUUUUUUUCAUUUCCCUUUUGCUUAGUCCCAGUUGACUCUAAAAUGGAGAAUUCCCUGAGAAUUUCUUCUCUGAGGUGGAAGGCUCUCUCCUCCUCUCUCCUCACCCAGGCAGGUCCUGUUUCACUCCCUGGUGAGAAGCUGAAAUUGUCACCAUUUUUGCCUGUAUUUAUUCCAAGCACUGCCCUAGCACCCACUGCCAGUGCACACUGGGUGUCAUUUGCUUUGUCCCCACCCCCAAGGAGAGCUGGAUUUCAUGCUGUGCUGCUGCCUGGGGAGGGGGAUGCUCCACCACACCAAAUGCCUUCCUUAAAAAUGCUCAUUUGGAUCCUCAUUUUCUCCUCCAGCACAAGGUUUUGCAUCAGGGCUGAUGAACCUGCCUUAAGUUUCAACCUCCAACUGUGCAGGAACAUGUGCCAGUGAAAAGGUGUGAAUGUUUUAGAGACCUGAAACAAAUCUGUUAUAAACCAGGUUCUUUCUGGGGCUGUGCUGUCCCUUUGGGUGGUCUUGGGGUUGAUGCUUUGGGUGUUUACCAGGGUAUUUCCCACUUUGGAAAGGGUGGAGUCUGGACUGGUGGGUGGAGUAGGAUGUGUUGAUGGUGCUGAGCUCUCACUGGAGCCUUUCAGCAGGAUGGACCCUCAGGAUGGGUCUUAAACCAAGAUGGUACCAUCUAGAUACUGGGUGGUGGCUGACCUGUCUGUAUGAAAUUGUAAAUGUUUCCAAGUACCAGUCAGGAAAAAAGUUGCAACCUGUGCUUAAUCCUCCCUGUAAGGGUGCUGGUGUGAGGACAACUGGUGACAACUCAGAAGAUGUGUAGGACAGGGCUCUGUGAGCUUGGGGAGAGCAGCCCAUGGUUGCUGCAGACUCUGCCUGGCUGUGGACAAUGCCCAGAGUGUCAAACCCUGAUACCUGGAGCAUCAAACCCCUCCACCUGGCUGGGCUGUUCAGUCAGAGGAACUUGGUGUUGGGUGCAGCUGUAGCCUCUGGGACCUCCAGCACUUUGGAGAACAGAGCCAACAAGAAGGGCUCCACCUUGCUCUCUGGGAUGCUUUUAACCAAGUUGUUUUGACUUAUCUUUCCUGAAGUAAAAAUAAGUUGGUUUUCUAGUUCCGAAUCAACUAAGUGCUGUUACUUUUUUAAUUCCAGUGCUCAAUAAAAAUGGACUUGUUGAUC